AUGAUCAUUCUAAUUAUGCUGAUUCUAGCUGGAGAUAUUGAUAAAUCUCCAUUAGUAUGGAAAUCAAUUUCCUACCAAAUGUCUUUGUUUUUACAGCAAGGCAAGAGAUUAGAUUUUAAGAACUCAUGCUCUUUUUUGUCUUAUUCUAAAGAGCAAUCAAUUUUCAAUAUUUCUAAAAAGUAUAAUAUUUUUCAAUUCUCAAAUUAUUUCAAAGCUUUACAUCGGGCGAGAUGAAUGAAAAAUUGGCAUUUGAGUAGAAAUUCUUAA